AUGUUCGAGGCUAUCAAGACUUUCUUCACUGGCCGUGAGGCUACCCAGGAGAACCAGUGGGAUGCUACCACCGUCCAGAUGCAGCAGCCCAACAGCCCCGCUGGCAUGAACGAGACCGUUACCCAGCAGCCCACUACUGAGUCCAUGAACGCCGUCCACAUCCGUGGUGGUGGUGAGGGUGAGGAUGUUUGCUGCGGAGUCUGCGCUGGUCUCUGCUGCUUCGAGUGCUGCGAGUGCUGCUGCUAA